GUCCGUUUGCUGAUGCGGGGGCAUCGCAGUUUACAUUUCAUAUUGAGGCCACACAGGAGCCAGUUGCUUUGGCAAGCAAAAUUCUUGAGGCUGGUAUGCAAGUAGGUGUUGCAAUUAGUCCCCGCACCGCGAUUGACGGUCUUAUCCCACUUAUUGAGAACGGUCAUUUGGAUAUGGUACUUGUCAUGACUGUAGAGCCUGGAUUUGCGGGGCAAAAAUUUCUGUCGGAGCCUCUUGCAAAAGUGCGUCAGCUGCGUGGACGGUACCCCCAUCUGAACAUUCAAGUGGAUGGCUCUAUUAAUCUCGUUACCGUGGAUGAGGCGGCAUUAGCAGGGGCCAACUGUUUGGUUCCAGGACAGGCCGUUUUCAAAGCCAAGAAUAGGCAGGAGAACGUCAUUCACUUGCGCCGUGUCGUUCACCACCACUUGAAAUCCCACCUUUAG